CAAAGUAUAAAAGGUUCAUUUUUUGAUCUCUCUCUCUUUUUUCCACCUUUUACUAUUAUUCUCUAAAAAUGAAAUUCUCUUUUGUUCUUCUUACUGCUCUCGUCAUCUCUUCCGUCAAUGCUGCUGAAUCAAACACGACUGUAUCAAACCCAUUAGGUGGAACAGCUGCCACUGCUAGUAUCACUGUGAAUAAUCCCAAUCCUGGAAAAAGUGGUGCUGUUCAAUUAAGCUCUGGUAUCGCUCUAACUACUUUGGCAUCUACAGCCGUUGCUGCUUAUGCUCUCUUUUAAAAUCUAUACUUUUAAUCUACCAAUACUAAUAAUAAACUUUAAUUUUCUAUUGUUCACU